CGAAUUGGCACAUCUUCCACUGGUUUUUUGCUGAUGAACGGAACUUCCUGUUGAUCGCGACGUCUUUAUCUAACCAGCACAGGGAAAACUGCCGCCAAGAUGGUUGCCGCAAAGAAGCAUGUCCCCAUCGUCAAGAAGCGCACCAAGCGCUUCUUCCGCCACCAGAGCGACCGCUUCAAGUGCGUCGACCCAUCAUGGCGCAAGCCUAAGGGUAUCGACAGCCGCGUCCGCAGGCGUUUCCGCAGCGCCAUCUCGAUGCCUUCGAUCGGCUAUGGCUCCAACAAGAAGACCAAGUACAUGAUGCCCUCGGGCCACAAGGCCUUCCUCGUCAACAACGUCAACGAUGUCGAGCUCCUUCUCAUGCACAACCGCACCUUCGCCGCUGAGAUUGCCCACGGCGUCUCAUCGAGGAAGCGAAUUGAUAUCAUCGCCCGCGCCAAGCAACUGGGCGUCAAGGUCACCAACGCCAAGGCCAAGGUCACUACGGAGGUAUGAGCUGGAUGAGCGAGGUGGAAGCAAACAAAAAGGAAACGACAUCACAGCACGAUUGGGUUGGCCGGCCGGCUGGCGAUACAUGGGGCAAUACAGGAGUGGAUUUGUAUUUGGUCGAUGGCGAUUUGCUCUAUAUCCUGGAACUGGGGCAUGCAUCGGGACAAACAGACGGGAAUUCCCUUUUCUUACGACGACGGCGCGGCUCCUGCGGCUGGCAUGACGGCAUGUA